CAGGUGGGGAAAAAGGGUAAGGAAAGAGGAGGGCUGCGUUCCAAACUGUGACCCUCCGCACUACAAUGUGUACACUACCUGCCGUUUUAGGCGCCCUGUUCUGUUUAGUGAGUGGUAUGCGGUUUGGGACGUGGCCUCCGACAGUCCUAUACCUUUUAGUGCGAAUUUAAGCGCGUGAGUGAUAAAGUUUCCCAAAUAUGGAGAAAAAAAGAUUUUAUAAAUAAAGUCAGGUUAACAGGUAUAUAUUUUGUUCAGGUUCAGAAAAAUGGCGUCUAAAUUUUCUAGAAAGUCCAGUAGUCACUCUGAGGAGGACAUGAAUAAAGUGAGGGAGGAAAACGCUUAUCUGAGAAAGACACUGGAGGAAGUUUGUCGCCAGAAGGAGGCGCCAUCCGACUCCCAGAACAACCACUGCUUUCUGGAGAGAAUCCUUGCCCUGGAGACACUGAGGGAGAAAAACUCACAGCAGAUCCUGGCCAAAGAUCAGGAAAUCGCCUCCCUUCGGCAGCUGCUUCGGUCAGACAGUGCUGAGGUUGUGACCAGCCUUCAUGCACAACUCAACCAGCAGAGAGCAGAAGCUCAAAUGAGAGAGAGACUCUUUCAGGCCCUCAAACAGGAGACAGAGGAGUUGAAGAACAAACUGGCAGCUGUCUCAGCUAAAUGCCAGGUCCUAGAAAACACAGGCAAGAGUGGCACUGCAGAUGGCCAUGCUGCCACCGGAAACUCCACAUUGAUGGAGGAACAGCUGAAAGACGCCUUAGAGAAGAACCAGCAGUGGCUCGUGUAUGACCAGCAGAGAGAGACUUAUGUGAAGGCGGUGCUGGCAGAAACCUACCAGCUGGAGCAGGAGCUACGUCAGGCCCACAAAGCCCUACAGCAGAAAGAGAAAGAAGAAGAACGAGAUGUGGAGAUACAGCAAUGCUAUGAGAAGCUUGUAGGCGAGCUCGAGAGAGAGCAACAGAAGGGGCAGCAGCUGCUGACCGAACACCAACAGCUCAGGAAAGAACUGGAGGAAGAGAGGCUGAAGUCAGCAGAGCUUCAACAGCAGGUGAACAUUCUCCAGAAAUCCCUGCUGAAUCAGCAUGAGGACCAGAGUCGGAUGACAGUUUUGGAGCAACAGAUUCAAGUGUCUGCCAGGGACCUUGAAGACGAGAAGCGUGAUAAUCAGCAUCUCCAAUGGCAACUUCACAGAGUUCUGAAGGAGCUGCGAAAGGCCAAGGACAAAGUGGCAAUAUUAGAAUCUGAGAUCAAGCAGCGUUCCAAAAGGAGACUUCACACGACCACUUCACAAAGACAAGCACAGGCAAGAGCAGUGUCUAAACAGGACUACAAACUUUUCCGUACACUCUUUAUUCUCAUGAUAUCCUUCUUCAUCAUGUGGAGCCCCAUCUUUAUCUUCACCUUUCUCAUUCUUAUGAACAACUUCCAAGUCCAUCUUCCCAUAACCUCCUCCAUGUUUGUCUGGGUGCUGACCUUCACCAUGGCAAACUCAGCCCUGAACCCCGUCCUCUACAGCCUUUGCCAGCUGAGGCAUAAAUGGCAAAGGCUUUGCUGUGGCACGGUAAUUACGCCAGGUCAAAGAGCUGUUACUCAGUAGGGAAUUAAAAGUACUUAUCUAAUUCCUGACUUUUUUUUUUUAAUCUAGUCUUUUUUUGCCUAGUACUGAUUGUAUUAUAUGUUUAUACAAUGUCAUUUUUUUUGUUAUUCCAGUUAUUCUUAGGGUAUUUUGGUUAAAUAAAUCUCAGUGACGUAAUUCUUUUUCUAAUUAUCUACACAUCAUAAGCUAUAAUAACAGCAACAAGAACCAUAAUGCAAGAACAAUGCACCUGACCAAACCAUAAAAAAUGUUUACAUAGCUACAGUUUGUAAACAGUUCACGUUAUUAUAUGUAUAUUGGUAAUACAGUUUUCCUUCCUUAUCAGUGUAGUCAGUACACUGUAUGCUGUCAAGUUGUUAGCAAUAAAACAAAACAAUAAGCUUAGGUAAAUGUUGGUAGCAUGCUGUAAUUGGGAAUUUAGUGAGUGCUACCUUAUAGUCUUAUCAAAAACAUUGUAAAGAUUGUUCAGAUGUAGUGCACCAUAAACAGUGAUUACAAGGUUUGCCUUGUGUGUCACAUGAUAUUAUAGAAAAAAUAAAUGUUGUAAUAGAUGGUAUUCGAUGAGCAUCUCACAAGAAACCUUUUAGUUUUCACCAGUGUUAGUGUUCACCAGUUAAAAAAAGAAUCGUGUACACUGAGCAGUACUGUUUCUUCUCAGUGAUUAAUACAAAUAGGUAUAAUAGACCUCACUGGCUCUGAAUGAUUUGCCAAGAUUAAAAUGAAAAGUAUGGAUUCUCGGGUUUAGAAUAUCUCAAAGAUGUUUCUGGCCCUGAUAUUGCAUCCAUUAAUCUACUUGCUUGUAAUUUCCUUAUUCAGUAAGUUACCUCAUUAGCUUUUCCUGUAAUAGGAAAUAGCAGUUCAGUUUUAAUUUAGUUUAGAGAUUGAGUCAUGUGCUCUGCAAAGUCAUCAACAGUCUAGAAGAGCAUCAUGUACACUAUGUGGCCAAAGGUUUGUGGACACCUGACCAUCACACCCAUAUGCGGUUCUUCCCUAAACUGCUGCCACAAAGUUGGAAACACACAAUUGUAUGUUGUAGCAUUACAGUUUCCCUUCACUGGAACUAAGGGGCUCAUACAUGUUUCAGCAUGACAGCUCCUGUGCACAAAGAAGUGGUUUGCCAAGGCUUGUGCAGAAGGACAUGAGUGGCCCGGACAGAGCCCUGACCUCAACCCCACUGAUCACUUUUGGGAUCAACUGGGAUGCCGACUGUGAACCAGGCCUCUCCGCCCGACAUCAGUGCCUGACUUCACUAAUGCUCUCGUGGCUGAAUGAGCACAAAUCCCCACAGCCACGCUCCAAACUCUAGUGGAAAGCCUUCCCAGAAGAGUGGAGGAUCAUAACAGCAAAAGUGGACUAAACCUGGAAUGAGAUUUAGUACUUCAAAAAGCACACAUGGGUGUGAUAAUCCAGAGUUGUACGCAAACGUUUGUCAAUAUAGUGUAUAUAUUGACAAGCAGAGAGAAGUUUAGCUACCCUCAAAUCACUAAGAAGCCAAUGCAAGUUCUCUACUGAUGAAAAAUCUUGUUAUUUUAGAUAAAAUUCCAUAAACGGUCUCUAAAAAGGAAUGGUAUAUCUUGAGCGGAGUUGUUUGUGUUUUUGUAAGAUUGAUGAUUUGUCUAAUUACUAAACUAUUAAUAAAAUUUCAGACUACAAGAUCAUGAUCAUUG